CAAAGAGGUAACAAGGAAGGAAAGGAAAAGGCUUGACGACGGAUUAUGUUGGCACACUGGUGAGCGAAAGCAGCUGUUAUCAAGUGAAAACGUUUAGGGUAACGUCCUCAUCCAAACAUGUAAUUCGUUUUAAAAUGAACGAUUAAUAAUUCGAAGAGAAGAAACGGUGACCAAUCCUUCAAUUAACUGUAAAAUUCUACAAAGAAGGAGCGAAAAAUGAUGUCAGAGUGCGAUCUUACAGAGACAGAAAGCGGCUUGCCUGUGCUGGAUACCGGGGCGGUAGCAGCAGUGCCCGAACUGGACUCUAACUUUCACUCCACGGGACCCUUGAAGGUAUCAUUUGACAACAGCCGGAUAGGACUGGGAUUUGCGGCCAAUCCCGGAGUCGCGGUCCGUAUCUCGGACUCUCGUGAGAGCGUCUUGACCGAGCUCGAGACGGACGGCUCCGGCGAAGAGGCUCUGUUGUUACCCUGCUUAGCAGGAAGCUCGACGUCUCCGAAGGGCGGCCGAGACAAGAGGAGCAGGCGGAACAGACACAGCUCAUCGUCGGAUAAAGACACGUUGGCUUCCCCAGGUGCAAACAGUGGGGACUUCAACCAUUUUCCAGACGAUCCAGAGUUUGCAGAUUUCAUCCUGAGGGCAGAACAGGCAAUUGAAGGUGGUGUUUUUCCUGAAAGGAUUUCCCAAGGGUCCAGCGGGAGCUAUUUUGUCAAAGACCCAAAAGGGAAAAUCAUUGGAGUGUUUAAACCAAAGUCAGAAGAACCUUACGGUCACCUGAACCCAAAAUGGACCAAAUACUUUCACAAGCUCUGCUGUCCGUGCUGUUUUGGCCGAGGCUGCUUGUUGCCUAAUCAGGGUUAUCUGUCAGAGGCCGCAGCCUCCCUGGUUGAUACGAAGCUCGGCCUUGGAGUGGUGCCCAAAACAAAGGUGGUUUAUUUGGCUAGUGAGACAUUCCACUACAGCGCUAUAGACAGAGCGAAGUCCAGAGGGAAGAAGUACGCCUUAGAGAAAGUCCCGAAGGUGGGACGACGCUUUCACAGAGUGGGCCUUCCUCCUAAGGUGGGCUCGUUUCAGCUGUUUGUGGAGGGUUACCGCGAAGCCGACUCCUGGCUGCGGCGCUUCGAGGCCGAACCUCUGCCGGAGAACAUCAGGAAGCAGCUCCAGUCCCAGUUUGAGAGACUGGUGGUGUUGGAUUAUGUUAUCAGAAACACAGAUCGAGGAAACGACAACUGGCUGAUCAAGUAUGAGAAGCCAGGAGAGGGAGACGAAAGUGACAAGGACGCUGAGUGGUCGGAUAACAGCACAGAUUCCUGCAUCAAGAUAGCAGCCAUCGACAACGGCCUGGCCUUCCCCUUUAAACACCCAGAUGAGUGGAGAGCAUACCCCUUCCACUGGGCGUGGCUCCCUCAGGCCAAGGUGCCUUUCUCCCAGGAGACCAGAGAGCUGGUGCUGUCCCGCAUCUCCGAUAUGAACUUUGUCCAGGACCUCUGUGAGGACCUCUAUGAGAUGUUCAAGGCAGAUAAAGGCUUUGAUAAAACCAUGUUUGAGAGACAGAUGUCUGUCAUGAGAGGACAGGUGUUGAAUCUGACUCAGGCGCUUAAGGAUGGAAAGAGUCCCAUCCAGCUGGUGCAGAUGCCCCGUGUUGUGGUGGAGCGCAGCCGCUCAGGUGGCCAAGGACGGGUGGUCACUCUGGGCAAUGCCUUCACACAAACCUUCCACUGCAAACGGCCAUUUUUUUCCUCUUGGUAAAGCGAGAAACCUAAGGACAGACUUGUUGGACAGCCUGUUGUUCUGUACCAACAUCAGUCUGUAAUAAGGGAGGAUUAAAUGAGGGCAGAGAUUAUGAGACUGGGAACAGUGCAAAUCUGUCUUUGGAGUGACGAGAGAGAGAGAAGGCAAGCAUAGAUAACAGAACAUGUGUUGAAUUGUAUGAAGGGAAGCUAAGUUGAGGCGAUUUAGUUUUCAUUUUUAAGAGAGUGCAGCAAAACGUGGAAGCUGGAGAGAUUAACAUACCUCGAUUUCCUGUCAGUGAGACCCUUUAUGCCAUUUUGGCGCGGUUGAAUAAUCAGCUUUUCCACAGAGGGGGCUUUGUUCAUUGUUUGGAAAGCAACCUUCUUUUUGUUGUUGUUGUUGUUUUACAAAAAUCCACUGAACUGCAUCUGCUGAAGUUUCACAUUAGGUCUGUUGAUGGGGUAAUUGCCAAAAAGUAGCACUUAUGCACCACAACGCACCACUUUAGAAGUUAAGCAGUGUUGGGUUAAUCUAAGGGACUGGUCUGUAGGGCUCCCCAUUACGGGAUUUAUUCUGCAGUUUGGAAUUUGUCCUCACCUGGAAUAAAACCCCCAAAUUCUUGCUUUGCCUUAUAGGAAUACUUUGUGUAAUAUACAUGUGGAUCUGCACUCACAUGGGUCACACCACUCUGUACCCAUUGUUAUUCAUAUUUCAAAACUGUUGACAGUGUCUUUAAGUCUACAUACUGCCAAAUGUUCUUUUUCUUUCUUUUGAAGAAUUACGAAGCCUCAAGCUAAGAACCGUGAUGAAACUUGAAUCUAGAGGACCGGCCUGUGUAGGGAGGGCGCUCGAAUGUAUUCUGUUUACGGUUUGCACACGGAUUUUAUCUCCGAAACAUUUCAGUACAAGAGAAUGCUGUCACAAAUGGGACUUCUCAUAACAAUGAAUGUAUUUGUUGUUUGGCAUGUGUUUUAAUUGCUGGCAGCUUUCUCUUGAACCGCGUGCAUUAGGGGAUGACAAUUCCUCUUUGUAAAAUGUUCUUUGAAAAACAUUUAGGACAAUAUUUCUCUUUUUUGCUCGAUGCCGUUGAGUUUUCUUAUGUAUGAAUCUUGAAGUUUUUAUUCCAACUUGAUGAUUGUAUGAGAGUUGUAUAUUUAACAAACAAAAAGUAAUAAAAUUUGGGAAAUUUGAA